AUGCUCGAGGGCGGCUUUAGAAGCCAUAGGGCUUCUAAUCUGGUCCUCGUAAACCCGGACCUGCCCUCUGACCACGACGAACACGAUGGCUACGAGGCCGAGCGGCCCAUGACAGCCAACUCCACAAAUACCUUCCAGGUGGCCCAGGACGCGUUUGUCGACUUUGACGGCGCCCACUGCGAGACGGACAACGAGGAUGAUCGUUUCGCUACGGCCGACAUGGGGUCGCGCUCGCAGAAGCGAGACAGGCUGUCCGACGUGCACCAGCUGCCGGCCCAGCUGCAGGCUCCUGCUCCCCAGAUGCCCCAAUCUCAGACCCAACCUCCUGUCGUCGACGAUGAAUUAUUCCUGCCCACCCCCCAACAGUCUUCGGCCGAGUUCGUGAGCGAGUUCGUGAGGCCGCAGUCUUACUUUGACCAACAAACCGGCCAGCACAUGCUGUACUACCCGGCUCGUGUGCCUGCUAUGCUCAACCUGCCGCCCAAGCUGUCCAACAAGCCCAAGGCCGCUGACCGGAACCAGCGACGCUCGCAGAUCCUGAGCGCCAUGAUGCAGCCCAAGGAGAACAAGAGAAAGUCGGUCGUCCCCGACCUGGACCAGAUUGCCCUGCCCGACCCUCUCUCUGGCCACCGCAACUCGUUUGCCGCCCUGACCCUGGCGGACAACUUGGAGGACGCUGACGAUGCCACCACGCCCACUCCGUUCCUCGAGGAGCCCGCACCUCAAUCUCGGAACGGAUCCGCGCCCUCUCUCGAAGAUCUUCGCCGGCCCCAGCGGCUGUCCAAGAUGGACACUGACAAGCACCAAUCCAAUAUACCCAACCUCGAAAACAUUCCCCCUCACCUCCGAGCCAGCGUCUUCUUCGACCAGCCAUCUCUCGAGCUUCCCGAGAUCGAGGUCAAGGAUGGAUCAGCUAUGGCUACGCUCGACAGCAUUCUCGAUGCUUCGGCCACUGCUCCCGUCAGUGCCUUUACUGAUCACCUGUACGCUGGCAAACUGGGCUCUGAGACCUACGGCAAGGAGAAGAAGAAGAAGGCGUCCAAGCACAAGCAGCAACCCUCCACCAACACCCUGGGGGCCGCGCUUGCUGAAGCGCCCAAGGAGCAGUCGACAAUCAGGCUGCUCACCAAACGAAGCCAGAGCAGCUUGUUUGGAAGGAUUAACAAGGACCAUGAUCCCAAUGACAAUGCUCAUGAUGGGGCUGAUGAAGAAGAGGAGCAUGAAGAAGAGGAAGAGGAAGAGGUUGACGAAGGCAUCCUUGAUGGAAUGCCCACGACGCUCCUCGGCGAGAUCCAUCUUCGAAAGCAGCAACAGAAACAGCGAAUCCUCAACCAGGGCAACGUAGCGCCCCAAGGCAUGCGUGCCACCCUCCUGGAGAUGGAUGCUGUCGCCGAGAUGCAGCGCAAGCAACGCCUCAAGCAGCGCGUCAACCUUGCCUGGGAGGAACAGAAUGUCGCCGCGGAGCAAACCAUUUCCGACGACGAAGACACGCCCCUGGCCGUCAUUGCUGCCAUGCACCAGGGUGCCAAGAAUAUGGCCGAUGUCGACCGCCCUAUAGGACUUAUGGAGAUGCGCCAGCUAGAAGAAAACGAACCCCUGAGUUCACGCGCUGCUCGUCUGCAGGGACGAGCCUCCACCGUCUUUAACGCGAAACGCCAGAGCAACCUCAGCCUUCCAGUCACGCGCAUAGCUGAAGUGCAGCCGCCAGCUUCGCCGCGCAUCAUCGAGCCGGACGCGAGCGUGGUGGAUGAGGAUGCACGCACUACCAUUGCUCCAGAACCCGAACCCGUGGCGGCUGAGAUUGAGGAAGAGACGCUUGGUGCCAGGAAGCGCCGCCUGGCAGAGUCACAGCUGCCCAAGGCCCGUCCUGUCAGCAGCACCUUUUCUGCUGAGCUCCUGGGCCAGUUUGCUGAUCCUGAGGAGUCCAAACCCAAGCCUAAUGCGGGCGUAGAGGAUGAGACCCUGGGCCAGCGCCGUCGCCGUCUGCAAGCUGAGCGGGAGGCUCGCGAAAGAGAAAUGAGCUAUGGUAACCUGACUGGAGAAAGACCAGGCGAAAGGCCAGUCAGUUACGGCAACCCGAUGGUCGAGCCGCCCAGGAGAGGCGUGAUGCGCCGUGUCAGCAUGGCGGACAUGCUCUCGGUGCACCAGAACGUCCAGGACCCUCGCAUUGCGGAGCAAAGGCGCCAGCAGGAGGAGCAGAUGAGGCUUGCUCAGCAGGAUGCCAUGCUGGCGGCAGUCAGAAGCCAGAUGCCCACCGCUCUUGUACAAAACGGCAAUGCUCGCCCCGGAGGUUUCAAGGGAGGUCUGUACAAUGACGGAACGGGCGGACUUGGCGUGGAGGCGGCCAGAUCGAGCACAGCUCUCAAUCAAUUCCAGACCCGCAGCUUUACCAACACCGGCUCUAGGAACCGAGCUACCAUGAUGGCGCCGCCUAAUGGCUACGGUAUCGCGCAGGGAGGCUUGCAGCAUUCCUACAGCACGCUCACGGGCUUUGGUCCGGCCGCCAUGAACGGUAGAAGUCCUAUGGCAGGCAUGAACCCUAUGGGAGGCAUGAACGGCAUGAAGCAGAUGAGCGUGUACGGUGCUGGUAACCUCUAUGGUGCUAAUGGACUCAUCCAGCCAAACAUUGGCAUUCCCAUGUCUAAUCCUAACGGUCAGAUGGACCGAGUUGAGAGGUGGCGACAGGGCGUUUUCCCAUAG